AUGGGACAAACUCAAAGACUUUCUUUUAAUGAUAUUAAAAUUUUAAAUUUACACUAUUGUGUUCAUUCUAAUUGUCCAUUUAAAAGACUUUGUUAUAACUAUGGAUACCAAGAUCCUCACAAUUGCAAUUUGUGUAAAUGUAUUGAUGGAUUUAUUGGUUCACGAUGUGAGCAGUUUAAUAUGAGACAAAUAGGAUGUUCGAAAACUUUAAUACUUCCAGAUCGUAAGCCUAGAACAUUAUUUUUAAAUGGAAAAAAAAACUGUGCUGUACAUUUUGUAGUAAACAAAACUAGUAGAAUUAGAUUUGAUAUUGUAAAAGUGAGUAUGUUUCCCAAUACUUAUCCAACUUGUCAAUAUGACAACACUAUAGAAGUAAAAUAUUGGAUGGAUAAAUCUGUAACAGGGGCAAGAUUUUGUCUUCAAACAGAAAAUAAGUUAAUUUUGUCACAUAACAAUCAUAUAAUUUUUCAUUACAGAAGUCUAGAAGUAACCAAUUUUGCUCACAUAUAUUAUAGUGAAGUAUAA